AUGUGGAGGUUGAAGUCGUCGGAAGGAGAGGAAGAGAGCGUGAAUGAACAUGUUGGAAGACAGUUUUGGGAGUAUGAUGACCAAUUUGGAACCUCCGAAGAGAGACAUCACAUCUCUGAUCUUCGUGCUAACUUUACUCUCAAUCGGAUUUGUACUAAGCAUAGUUCGGAUCUGCUCUACCGUUUUCAGUGUUGGAAAGAGAAAGGAAGAGGAAGGGAGAUGCUUCCACAAGUGAAGGUGAAAGAGGGAGAAGAAGAAGAAAUAAAUCAAGAAGUGUUGAACGUGACAUUAAGAAGAAGCUUGAGAUUCUACUCAACACUACAAUCACAAGAUGGCUUUUGGCCUGGUGACUAUGGUGGCCCUUUGUUUCUAUUGCCUGCUCUGAACGAAGAUGGAGGAUGGGGACUACACAUAGAAGGGAGCAGCACCAUGUUCUGUACGGCUCUCUCAUACGUAGCACUGAGAUUGAUGGGGGAAGAAAUGGACGGUGGUGAUGGAGCCAUGGAAACAGCUAGACGUUGGAUUCACCACCGCGGUGGCGCCACUUUUAUUUCCUCUUGGGGCAAGCUAUGGCUCUCAGUUCUUGGAGUUUAUGACUGGAAUGGGAACAACCCUUUACCUCCAGAGCUAUGGCUUCUUCCUUAUGCUCUUCCCUUUCAUCCUGGUCGAAUGUGGUGCCAUUGCAGGAUGGUUUAUCUUCCAAUGUCAUAUCUAUACGGAAGAAGAUUUGUUUGCCGUACCAAUGGGACUAUCUUGUCCCUUCGACGAGAGCUCUACAUUGUUCCUUAUCACCAUAUUGAUUGGGACACCGCCCGCAAUCAAUGCUCGAAGGAAGAUUUGUACUAUCCACAUCCAAAGAUACAAGAUGUCUUGUGGAGUUGUUUGAAGAAAUUAGGGGAGCCUCUUCUUGAAAGAUGGCCCUUGUCUAAGCUCCGAAACAGGGCUCUCAAGACAGUGAUGCAGCACAUUCACUAUGAAGACCAAAACAGUCACUACAUUUGUAUUGGUCCUGUCAACAAAGUCUUGAAUAUGGUUUGCUGCUGGGUCGAAGCCCCGGAUUCCGAAGCAUUUAAAUGUCAUCUCUCUCGAAUCAAAGACUAUUUGUGGGUAGCUGAAGAUGGAAUGAAAAUGCAGGGAUACAACGGAUCUCAGCUGUGGGACAUGACCUUAGCGGUCCAAGCAAUCUUGGCGGCGAAUUUGGUUGAUGAGUAUGGCUUGAUGCUUAAAAGAGCGCAUAACUACAUCAAGAACACUCAAAUUAUGAGAAACACAUGUGGAGAUCCAGGGUUGUGGUAUCGACACCCAUCAAAGGGAGGAUGGGGUUUCUCCACUGCAGACAAUCCUUGGCCUGUAUCUGACUGUGCAGCUGAAGCCUUGAAGGCAGCGUUGCUACUGUCGCAGAUGCCGAUUAAUGUGGUUGGAGAAGCCAUGCCUGAGGAACAUUUGUCGGAUGCUGUUAAUUUUAUCUUAUCGUUACAGGUCUACUAUCUAGUAUCUACAGUUUCUAAGUACGUAGAGUGCACAUCAGCUGCAAUCCAAGGUCUUGUGUUAUUCACAAGGACCAAUCCAAGAUACAAGAGCAAAGAGAUACAAAGAUGCAUCAAGAAAGCAGUUGAGUUUAUUGAGAAAACACAACUUCCUGAUGGUUCAUGGUACGGUUCUUGGGGAGUGUGCUUUACCUACGCAACGUGGUUUGGGAUCAAAGGAAUGUUGGCUGCAGGGCAAACAUAUGAGACUAGUCUUUGUAUUAGAAAGGCUUGUGAUUUCUUGCUCUCCAAGCAACUUUCUUGUGGUGGGUGGGGAGAGAGCUACCUCUCAUGUCAAAACAAAGUGUAUACCAAUCUUCCGGGGAACAGAUCCCAUUUAGUAAACACAUCAUGGGCACUUCUUUCUCUCAUUGAAGCCGGACAGGCUAGUAGAGAUCCAAUACCACUGCACCGUGGGGCCAACUUGUUGAUCAACUCUCAGAUGGAAGAUGGAGAUUUCCCACAACAAGCUGUUGCUUGUGCUCAGCCACGGUACGGUGGAUUGUAA